AUGACCGCCGGCGCAGAUCAGCAACAACGCCGCCGCCCUCACGUCCUGGUGGUAACGUAUCCAGCGCAGGGCCAUCUGAACCCGGCCCUCCAAUUCUCCAUCCGUUUGGUGUCCCUCGGAUGCAGAGUCACCCUCGUCACCACCGUCUCCGGCCACCGCCGCAUCGCCGCCGGCUCCUCCUCCCUCCCCGCGGAGAGGCUCUCCAUCGCGACGUUCUCCGACGGCCACGACGACGAGGUACGCACGUCGUCGUCGUCCCGGGCCACGGACCGGGCCCAGCUAUGGGCCCAGCUCGUGACCCGCGGGUCCAAGUUUCUCAGAGAGCUCAUUGCGUCCAACGCCAGGGAAGGAACCCCGUUCACGCGCUUGGUGUACACGAUACUGCUGACAUGGGCGAUGGACGCGGCGCGUGAGGAGAACCUCCCCUCCACGCUCCUCUGGAUCCAGCCGGCCACCGUCCUCGACAUCUACUACUACUUCGUGAACGGGUACGAGGAGAUGUUCGACAACUGCAAGGAUCAAUCGUUCGUCGUGGAGUUACCGGGACUCCCGGUAAGCUUCACGUCGAAGGACCUCCCUUCCAUCGUCGUCCCUUCCAACCCGUACCCUAUGUUUCUCGAAGUAAUGAAGAAUCAGAUCGAAGUCUUGUCCUCCUCCAACAGGGAGGAGGUCCUGGUCAACACUUUCGACGCGCUGGAGCCAGAGGCCCUGAAAGCCCUGGAGGGGAAGCUCGACCUGGUAGGGGUGGGGCCCCUGGUCCCGUCGAGCUUCCUAUCAGUUACACAAUAUCCCAUCACUACUUUCAACACCACCACCAACUCUGCUAGCGGAGACUACAUGACGUGGCUUGACUCGCAACCCACGUCAUCAAUCGUCUACGUGUCGUUCGGGACCAUCGCUGAGGUGUCGAGGAGGCAGAAGGAGGAGGUAGGGAAGGCGCUGGUGAGCAGCGGGAGGCCUUUCCUGUGGACGUUAAGGAAAGAGGCGGAAAAGGCUGAGGAGGAGGAAGGAGCGGAGGUGGCGAGAUGGAGAGAGGAGAUGGGGAGACUGGUUGAGUGGUGCUCGCAAGUGGAUGUGCUUUCACAUGGGGCGGUGGGGUGUUUCCUGACGCACUGUGGAUGGAACUCGACGCUGGAGAGCAUGUGUUUGGGGGUACCGACGGUGGGGUUCCCGCAGUUUUCGGACCAGGAGACGAACGCGAAGCUGGUGGAGGACGUGUGGCGGACUGGGGUGAGGGUGACGAUAGUGUCUGAGAACGACGUGGAAGAAGGUGAGAUAAGGAGGUGUUUGGAUUUGGUGAUGGGAGAUGGGGAAGUGGGGGAAGAAGUGAGGAGGAAUGCUAGGAAAUGGAAGGAGCUUGCGAGGAGUGCGGUUGGGGAGGAGGGUGGGACUUCCUACGUCAACCUCAAGGCUUUCGUGGAUGAGAUUACUAGCUAA